CCGACAGCCUGCAAUUUGGGUGAUAUUUCCUUUAGCACAAGGGUCAACUGGGUAAGCUGGUUCAAGAAGUUAUUUAUACUAGUAAAAAAGAAAGUGGACAUGCUAUUUACCAAGAUUAGUUCAGGAAUCUUGCAAAGUAGCAAUCAGUAUUUAAGUACCUCAUCAAAUAAAUAUUUUUUAUUGAUGCUUACUCUACUCUUUUCAUUUGGAGAUGACCACCAUCGAUUUUUUAUAUUGAUGCUUACUUUACUCACCGUGGUGUCCUUUCUUUCUUUAGAUAAAUGCGAUGAAGAAUGUUACAGCUCGCCGUGAAGGUGAAGAAGCCCUUAGGGAUCUCGCCGCUCAACUGGAGAUGAAUAACAUCUCACGACGAGCACUGCAUGGGAUAUAUCUCAGGACCAGGAGGAGCCCCAAUAUACGCGCGAUGCAGAAUGCCGCAGCUCGCUGCGAUAGGCUUAGCGAGCUGCCCAAUAACAUCCUACUCGACAUCCUGGAGCGUGUGGACACGCUGGACGCCUUGAGAACCUGCACACUCUCCAAGCGAUUGAUGCGGCUCCCCGCCAUGCUCUCACGGUUCGACAUAGACAUCGGCUCCCUCACUCAGCACCAUGACAAGGCGUCCCAUGGCUUUAACACUGCUGAUGUUGUUCGGUACAAUAAUACUCUGGCUGGUGUCACAGAGAAAAUCCUGGCUGCAAGGAGUCCAGAGAUCCACACCAUCCACAAGCUGAGGGUCACAUGCUAUCUGAGACCUGAUGAAUGUCUCCCCAUCACCAGAGCUUUUGCUAGCACCAUGGCAGACCACAAGGUCGACAAAGCUGAGUUUGUGCCCAUUUUAGAGAAGCCCUUUUCAGAAUGCACUAAUGGCGAUCUUUUGUGCUAUGCCAAGAGGUUCAAUAUCUGUCUUGGUGAUUGUCCAGCUGCAUUCGCUGGCCUCACGUGCCUCUGGCUGAGUAACCUGAGGUUUGCUGACCAACUGGACAUCCCCAACAUCCUCAGCACCUGCAAGAGGUUGGAAAGUCUGCGCCUCUCGCACUGUGACGCAGGAAUUGGUUCGGUGCUGAUGGUAGAACAUGAUCAACUUGUUGAGCUCAUCGUCGACCAAGGGGUAUUUGCAGCAGUACAUCUCUACGGUGUACCAAAACUCCAACAUCUGACUUUUAAUUGUUGGUGGUACCAAGCCCCCCUGACUUUUGGUUGUGUCCCUCAGCUUUCAAAGCUAAGUCUCGGAAAAAGGGGUCGUACUUUGACUAAGAAUCUCCAGUUAAGUCAGCUCCUUGCUAAUGUCCCCUCGAUACGUGACAUGCACCUGGAUUUUGUAAGUGAAAAGAUUUGGGUUGUACCAGAAUGCCCUAAAGUGCUUACCCCUGUGCUUCGCAAACUAGAGAUUUUGAAUCUGGAUAAUAUCCCUGAAGGAUUUGAUAUCGCCUGGACCAUGUUCAUUCUUGAGGCUGCACCCUCUCUAAGGGAACUAUGUAUCAUGGUGUGGGAUCAUUAUUGGUGCAAGCUGGUGAUACAGCAGGGCGAUCCAAGGAAACAGGGAUACCCUGAGAAAGCAAACAGCGGGAAGUGGCAAACAUCUGCUGGUUUCAAGCACAAGAACCUGCUCAAGCUUACCAUCUACGGCUUCCAACCCAAUGAGAACAUGGUGCAAUACGUUAGGCGCAUCAGGGAAGUCGCAGUGAACAUGAGAGAGAUAUCACUGCACGACGUCAAGGAAGCUUGCGAGCGCUGCGGGGACUUGGAUCCCAAGACCAAGGUCAUCACUAGAUCUAAAGUCUAUCCUAAUAAUUUGAUAGUAAGACGCAUGAUAUCACUACGAUCUAGCUAGAUUUGUUGGAAUGAGCUCCAUAAUUUAGUACUUGCUGCAUCUGUACAGUUUUAUUUUGUCUUUAAAUCGAAGCUUGUAUUAUCUCCUUGUGGAGAGAAUAGUAAAUGUUCUGAUGCUUCUGUUCCACUUUAUUGGUUGUAUACCAAAUCGCUGGGGCACUUUUUUGAUUUUUUU